UCGCGCUAUUGUGUCAUAUUUCCAAGGUUUUGACGAAUGUGAUGGAAAGCGAACAACAAACUACUGAGAGAGAGACACCGCCUCAGCACUGGAGAAGUUGCAAGUUGAUGAUUGACCCUGCACUGACAAAAGGACUGUACAAAGUGUACCGUUAUGACGGACAACAGUUUAACAUACCCGUGGAGGACUUAGGUCUGUUUCCUGUGGAGACCGUCAGAGAUCCGCGGGUCUGCCGCCUGUGGAGCAAAUGCAGCAACACUGACCUUUUGAUUUCUAAAUUGAAGUUUGAUGAAUGGCAUGUUGGCCCUGUUCCUCCCAAAGAAGUGACAUUUUCCAGGUUGAACGACAAUGUGAGGGAGACGUUCUUGACCAAUAUGUGCAAUAAAUAUGGGAACAUUGAAGACGUGGAGAUAUUUUACAAUCCUAAGAACAAGAAGCAUUUAGGGGUCGCAAAAGUCGUCUUCGACACAGUGCGGGCUGCAAAGGAAGCUGUUCAGCACCUCCAUCAGACGUCAGUGAUGGGAAACAUUAUUCAUGUGGAAAUAGAUCCCAAAGGAGAGAACAGGGCGCGGUAUCUCCAGCUCCUCUUAAGUGGUCUUCCUACUCCGUGGACGCUGCCAGUGGGCAGCAACGAGCGAGCUAUUCAAAGCUUCAUCGACAGUUUGCUGGGCAGCACAGCCACACACCGACGAGGGAGUAUCUCCAGCCCCACCAGCAUCGCCACACCCCUCUCUCUGGACACAGCCUACUCCAGUAUUUGGCACGAUACACCUUGCAGCUUUGGGCUUACGCCACGUUCUCAGGGAACCCCCCAUACUCCUUGCUUGUCUGCAACUCCUCUCUCCCAGGACUCUUGUUACUCCAGCCUUCAGGCAACUCCAGUCCUCCAGGGGGAGCCCUCCACCUACAGUGUUCACAAACCUUUAAGGAGUGAGCUCUGCCAUCGUAAACCUGCAAGGUAUCACAGGGGAUCUGGUGAAGUCUCAGAUUUCAACUUUAUUUUGAAACAUUGCCAACCACAGGCCCCACACCCCCUCUCUUCCCAAAUACAAACUAGCAGCCAGCAGCUUGCUCUGUGGGGUCACAAUGCACAAUCCUCUUCUCACAAUAACACAGACGCUUCCUUUAACCUUGCAUCCCCGUGUCAGGAGUCCGGAGACAAUUCUUUUAGCAUCGUGAGCAUUAAUUUCACAGUUGACCGGCAGACAGCGGCAUCUUCCCCACAUGAUGACCGUGCAUGCAUAUCAGACUUAUCUCCAUCUGCUGGUAACUGUUCCUCUAGUAGCCCCCAGCCAGAGGUAGAGAGUUUGGACUCACGCAUUGAAAGUUUGCUGGUAAACAGUCAGAUAUCUGACCCUCCAUACUUUGAUAGAAAGACUUAUGAGGCUGAUGUGCACUCUCAGGACAGCCCAACUUCACCUUGCUCUGCCAAUGCCUCCCCUCUCUCGGAUGACUCGCUUGUUGGCACUCUGACGUCUUGUGACUUCACAACCGGCCACCAGCACUCCUACAGCGAUCUGGUGGAUGUCAGUCCAACACCACUCACUGAAAAUGAAGAGGACGAAACUACUCAAGCUGUUUUGUUUUUAACAAGAAACUCAGAGACUCCAUCUGAUCUCACACAUUUUGAGAGGAAGGCUCACGCAAACCACGAAAACGAGGAAGAAAGGCUCCAGUCAUUCUCACGUCCAGAGGAUCAUCAUGCAGCAAAUGAGAAUAAGAAGCACUCAAAUAACAGAACUUCCAGAGCUUUGACGCCUGCAAAACAGAGCUCCUCUCUUCUUCACCCUCUGUCGUUUUCUCUCAAUAGCACUCCUCAACUCUCUACCUCCAUAGCUCCUCCUGCCAUUAAAUAUGGGUGCUUCCAUCCACCAGUCACCCAUUUCCCUUUCCCCAUUCCUCCCUUUCCCCCAUCUGUUCCACCUGUCCCACCUCGGCUGCCAAAUGGCACCAUCCCCAUCCCACCUCCAGGUUGGAUCCCACCUCCGGGCCAUCACACCGGCAUCUCCAUUCCUCCUCCACCUUUUCCAGCUCCUACUUCUAUUCCUCCCGCACCAACUUUUCUCAGACCCCCUCCAGGUUUGAUGGUGCUGCCCUCUGUUCCUCCCCCUGUGCACACCUACCCCUUACCCAUGCGUCCUGCACUCCCUUUGGAUAAGGAGAAUCCUCCAAUGCAUGGCGGUGCACCUUUACCGUUCCCUGGACCACCCUGGCCCGCUCCACAUUUCCCCAGGUUUAACCCCUUUGUGCCACCCCCAGACUACCCGCUUGUGUGGGUAAACCCUCAUAAGGUCACAGUAGACAAAGUUUUAGAAAUCAUCAUGGAUGAACUGAAGUCAAUCAUUAAGAAGGACAUGACACGUAGAAUGAUUGAAGCGGUCGCUUUCAAGGCAUUUGAGGACUGGUGGGACUGCCAAGAGAAGAAAAGAAAGACACAAGUAUGUCCUUUGAAAAGUGGAGCAGCAAGUGUUGAAGAGAGGAACAAACGAAUAAAUCCCCCAAGUCACAUCAGUGGCCAGGGCAAAAAACCUCCACUGCCGUCCUUCAAGGUAAAAAGGAAAAGAGCCAAUGAUACUGCUACAUCAGAAGAGAUAGAAAAUGGGUCGUGUUCGACUCACGAAAGCUCAGAUGUGAAACAGGGGGAGGACAAAGUGAGACCUGCCUCUGAGAGAGCCAAACGCAGACAUGCAAGACCACACGAGCUCGACAGUGAUCAUGAUGAUGAAGGGAAAGAUGAAGACAACACACUUCAAGAUGAAGAAACAACAUCAGACAAAGUGGAGGCUGUUGUGCCAGUUGAUGAUGCUCAUCAAAAUCUGUGUGACAGAGAUGAUGAUGAUGGUGAUGAUGGUGAUGAUGAUGACGAUGAUGACGAUAGUCACCCGGAGGAAGACAAGGAGUUCGCUCAAAAACACACAGAGGAUAAAAAUGCUGUCAUCUUCGAAACGAGUGAUGGAGUGCAGUGCUUAGGUAGCGAUACUUCUUCAGAGAGCAGCUCCUCAGAGGAAAGCGAGUCCUCGUCAGACUUUGACUCCUCUGACUCGUUCUCAGAGAGCUUUGAGGACUCGUCCUGCUCUGACCUCAGUCCGGAAGAUGAAGAAAUGGAGGAGGUGUGUAUUGUCAUAUCGUCCGAUGAAGAGUCGAUGGAACUUCAGCCCCCCGUCACCCCCUCAGCCCCGCUAACCCCUGGAGCUCAGCUGGAGCUGGGCCUUCAGGACUGGUCAGGUCCAUCUCAUGAGGAGGAAACUGAGGAGAACCAGUACACAUCCUGUCAACAGGACACCUGUGACUCGGAUGUCAUGAUGGAGCUCCAAACUAGCGAACCUGAGAACCAUCUGUCACCUAUAGGACGUCCAGCAGCAGAGCUACACCUUGAUGUGGAGAUGGAAAGCCCUGACUGGACGGAAGAGGAAGAGUCAUCCGGGAUCAUAGAAAACCUGAGGCCUCUUACUCCGACUGGCUGCUUUCUGGACAGUGACCCUGAUCUUCUGAUGAGAAGCAAACCCACAUCCCCUGAGGAGGAGGUGCAACAACCACAAACACCAGGCAAGGGGAUAGUGGCUGAACUGGAAAGUGAGGACUCGGCCGAUGAAGUCUUCUCCCUCUUUCCGACAGGCACCGAGCUCAAUCUAGCUCCCUCUGAUCCCCCGGCCUCGUACCCAUCAUACCAGGAUAUGCCCAAAACUCCUGGUAGAGAGGACAGACGUGGAUGGACGCAGGAUAAUUCUGGGAGAGCUCCAGCAACACCGGGCAGAGGGACAACCAUGUCAUCAGGUAGCACAGUGAUGUGCCCAACUCUUUGUAGCCCACCACCUGUGCCACACCUGUGCAAUCCAUAUGUCACGGCCCCAAAGACUCCUGGAAGAGACAUCGUCCUACCCCAAAGAGCCAUAGUCCACAGGAGGAAAACACAAACGGGGACGACCUUUCAGCCCCCGUUAUAUGAUUCUCUCGGAGGGUCUCCCAUCUCAGUGUCCUCUCCAUGCAGCCUCUCUUCAUCCGACUCUGCCGACGAAAAGGGCACGCCGAUCGAUUCAGGUGUGAAAAAGAAGCCCUUGCAGGGACUGGAGAACAUGCCUGGGCUCCUGGAUGAGGAGUACAGCAGAGAGACAGAGAGAUCCUCAUUGAGGAGAGAACAGUGGAGGAGGCUAAAGAGGAGGUGGAGAAUCCAUCAUCGGCGGAGAUCGCUUAAAAGGUUGACUGGUUCUCUCACCUCUCACGGUCAUCUUCACAGGUGGCGCUCACUGUGUGAGGAGAGGAGGAUACUGCAUAGUGUUUGGAGGGAGGGCCUGGAUGAAGAAGAUGAAAGGCUGCUGCAGUGUACAUAUGAAAGGCUGCAAGUGCGGGAUAAUGGCUUGGGGUGGAUCAGUGACACCCUGUGGACAUCUCACCCUCUGACAAAGGUCCUCACGGAGAAGAGUGGGGAACAUAAAUCCUGGCAGCCAAAACACAGGACCGGCUCUGCUCGCAGUGAAGGAUUCUACAAAAUUAGCAGGAAAGAUAAGAUGAAAAACCUCAACAACGCAAAGCUGGCCUCUGAGCUUCCAUCUACAAGUACUCAGGGAAUGUGCAUCCCAGCUCAGCAACCGGUCUCACUGCGUGCUGGAUCUGACUUCAGGUCUGAACAGCGUCGCCUGCUGUCCUCUUUCAGUUGUGACAGUGACCUGGUCAAGUUCAACCAGCUGAAGUUCCGAAAGAAGAGGAUUCGUUUCACCCGGAGUCAUAUUCAUGAGUGGGGCCUGUUUGCAAUGGAGCCAAUAGCAGCAGAUGAGAUGGUGAUUGAGUAUGUGGGCCAGAUCAUCAGACAGGUCAUCGCUGACAUGAGGGAGCAGAGAUACGAGGAGGAGGGCAUUGGAAGCAGCUAUUUGUUCCGGGUUGAUCAGGACACCAUCAUUGAUGCUACUAAAUUUGGGAACUUAGCCAGGUUUAUCAACCACAGCUGCAACCCCAACUGUUAUGCAAAGAUCAUCACUGUGGAUUCUCAGAAGAAGAUAGUGAUAUACUCCCGACAGCCGAUAAGCAUCAAUGAAGAGAUCACAUAUGACUACAAGUUUCCCAUCGAGGAAACAAAGAUUCCUUGUUUGUGUGGAGCAGAUAGCUGCCGGGGCUCCUUGAACUAAUCUCUAAGGAAGUGUUGUGAUUGUGACGCCCAGAAGAUGUGUCAAAAAAAAAAGCCAUUUUAAUACUAUUCAAAACUGUACAGUCUGGAGGCCUUACAGGAGCUCACUGAUGAGUGGUGGUGCUGCUCAGCGAAUAAUGGUUUAAUAAACUGUCCUAAACAGCAUGCAAGACAGUAAUGGAUUAUCAAUGGAGGUCCAGCAUGAAAUCAUAGUGUGAAGUACUGGUUACCACUGUACCACAAAACAAAAUCCUCAUUUUCUGGUAAAACAUUACAAAACACAACAUUUGGAUGUAAAUUAAAUAAAUACAAAAAUGCCUUUGUUGCAAUGAAAGGUCUGUUGACCUUCUGGUCCAAAUGUCCAAACUGAAGUGUAUAGUUAAAUGUUUUCGUUUAUGAG